GGAACUGCAUCUGCGCCUUGAUCCAAGAGGGUAGUGGCGUUCCUGCGGAUACGGAAAACCGGGCAUUUGGCCGAGUCUCACGCGAACCGUGAUUUUUUUGAAUCUGCACCCGCUGAAAACAUUCUGAAGAAUGUUAUCCAUUUCUACAUCACUCAUGAUGUGCCACGUCUAUUUUGGUGUGGUUUAUUGUGUGUACAUGUACAACAGAUGGUGACUGACGUCCGUGACUUUUGUUGUUGUCGCAGUCAUGGCUGCAGCUGCAGAGAACCACGCGGUCAACUCAUGGCCAUGGUCAAGCCACAUGUUCCGCAAGUGGAUCCCACGCCUCCAAGCAGCGCUCAGCUGCGAUGCAAUUCGUGUGGAAUGCUGUGCCAAGCGGUUGAUCUCCGAUGCGCAGAAGAAGGAAUUGAUGGCGAUAAAAGAUUCGGCCAAACACAAUGACAGACUGCUAGAUAUGCUGAGCAGGGGUACAGCUGAGACUUUCCACACUUUCUGUAGAAUUGUGCGUAGAACCGAACCUAAAGCAAACUUUUCAAAGUUCCUAGAUGACAUGCAGUCAGUAGAUACCUUUGUUGGCGGCAAUGAAGGUGAAGCAAAUAAAGUAACUCGACGUCAACCAGCCCGGUUCACCGGGAACCCACCACCAACACCUAGCCAAGCAACUCGGUCUCCGCCAGCCAUAGCACCCAAACCAAAGUCUGUUGUUAAACCCCAGGCCACUGACGCAUCUCCCGCCAAGCCCACCGGCGUCUCUGCAAUGAUAGCGGCCUUGAAUUCAGCCGGUCAGGAAGGGAAAUCGGCUGGAAGUCUACCUUUGAAAACCAGUCGAGCCCCCCAGCCUCCUACUCGCCCAAAGCCCGUCACUCCCCACAACACAGCAAGAGCAGUGGAAACUAAGGAUCUCACAUCAGGUCACAGAGUGCAGCUGGUAGUGACUUCUGAUCCUGUGUCUCCUCCACGACCACCGCUCUGUGACCACGCACGACUAGCGGCUGGCGGUAACCAACCAGAUGGCACUGAGGCGGCGACAUCUGGCCCAGGUGAUCCCAAGCCCUCUCCGAAACCUGGACAAGCUGCUCCGUCCAGGUCUGCUAGUGUCUCCACACUAGCAUCUAGUUUUGAAUCGAAUAGGCACGAAACAGUCAGACUGGCCCUAAAUCAAGCCCCAAAGCCAAAACAUCACCAAACGUUGAUAGCCGGUGCCAGGGCAUCUAGCUUGGCCAGGAGCCCAGCAAUAGCUGGUGGCAAACACCCAGGCGGACAUGCUGUGCAGCAAGUCCAGCGGUCAGUGCUGCCAACAGAGAGCUUAACUGCCAAGCCCAUUGCUCGAUCUCUGACUGGACGCGAGCCGGUUACCAAGAAGGCAACAGGAGAUUCAGCAACGCCUCCCCAGCCAAACUCUCUGAGCCAAGCGGGCAACACAUGGCCAUGGUCAAGUCGAGUGUUCCGCGAGUGGAUCCCACGCCUCCAAGCAACGCUCAGCUGCAGCACAAUCCGCAUGGAAUGCCGGGGAAAAGGUUUGAUCUCCGAUACGCAGAAGAAGGAAUUGAUGGCAGUAGACGAUUCUGCCAAACACAAUGAGCUUCUCCUCGAUAUGCUGAGCAGGGGUACAGCUGAGACUUUCCACACUUUCUGUAGUAUUGUGCGUAGCACCGAACCUGAAGCAAACUUUUCAAAGUUCCUAGAUGACAUGCAGUCAGUGGAUACCUUUGUCGUAGUUUCUCCGGAAUGCCAAAAAGACUGCAAUAAAGUAUUAGACCUGAUGAAAGAGUUCUCAGCACCGGAACGUCAACGGGUGGUCCACACUGCCGAGGAUGUGGCACGAAUGCGCGCGUCACAGACCGUCCUCGACAAGAGAAAGAAACCCAUCCACUUACCACAGCCAACCUCGGCUGUGAACGUAGACUUGCUGAGCAUGCGGAACAUGGGAGAAGAACAACGGCGAGCAGUAUUGACUGAAAUCGACCGCUUGGCGUCCAGCGCUAGCAUCACUGAUGACCGUGAGGCACAGGAAUGGCAGUACCAGGGUCAGGUGACACGGGCGGACGGCCAAGUUGAAAAAUCACCAGCUGAUAUACAUAGAGAGUUAAGUAAGCAUCCUUGUUUCAUCAGCAUGGGGUCUGCCAGGGACGGCCGCAGCAUUUCAGAGACCAAGCAGUACUUGAAGGAUACUGGCUUCAUUGACGAGAACACGGUUAUCACAGAGAUCACUGAAUAUGUACGAGUCCCUGUGACUAGGCUGGCCAUUCGUGACAGCAAACGACUGAUGUUUAAAGACGAGAGCUCAUUUAUAGUGAAGUUCAUCAUUGGAUGUGAAUAUAAUCUAUCGGCCCCGAGUUUCAUUAAAAGUGUCAUACGUAAUCUCCGCAAUCUCCUUGGCGAUUGGAGCAUCCACGCCGACAGCGUGCACGGCGAGAGCGGAGACACAGCAGUGUUUGUACAGAUGUCUGCCAAGGCUCAUACCAGGCUCUGGGAGUUCUGUAAGGAUCGAUCUAGCCUGCUCGCUGGUCUGUACAUUCUCGAAGUGUCAACUGUGGACGGAGCAGUAGCCUUCAAUACCCGUCCCACGACGUGCAUUGGCGAAGGUAUUACUCCUGAUGACCAGAAGCGCUUGGUUGAAGUGUUCUCCAAGAGAUAUCCAUCCUUGGACCGAGAUGAGCUGUCUGUCGCUGUGGCUGACCAACAGAACGUUCAGCAUGCAGUGAUUGCACUGACCAAGCUCGUCUUCCAUGAUGAUGGAGCAUGCUUGAAUGCACUGCCUGAGAUUCUUGGUGAGAGCUUAACUGCCAAGCCCAUUGCUCCAUCUCUGACUGGACGCGAGUCGGUUACCAAUAAGGCAACAGGUAAUUCAGCAACGCCUCCCGAGCCAAACUCUCUGAGCCAAGCGGGCAACACAGGGCCAUGGUCAAGUCGAGUGUUCCGCAAGUGGAUCCCACACCUAAAAGCAGCGCUCAGCUGUGGCACAAUCCGCACGGAAUGCCAUGCCGAAGGACUGCUCACCGAUAUGCAGAAGAAGGAAUUGAUGGGAGUAGAAUAUGAUUCUGCCAAACACAAUGACCGACUGCUAGAUAUGCUGAGCAGGGGUACAGCUGAGACUUUCCACACCUUCUGUAGUAUAGUGCGUAGCGCCGAACCUGAAGCAAACUUUUCAAAGUUCCUAGAUGACAUGCAGUCAGUUGAUACCUGUGUUGGAGUUUCUCCAGAAUUUAAAAACGACAAUAAAGAAGUAGAGCUGAUGAAAGUGUUCUCAGCACCGGAACGUCAACGAUUGGUCCACACUGCCGAGGAUGUGGCACGAAUGCGCACGUCACAGACCGUCCUUGACAAGAGAAAGAAACCCAUCCACUUACCACAGCCAACCUCGCCUGUGAGCGUAGACUUGCUGAGCAUGCGGAACAUGGGAGAAGAACAAUGGCAAGCGGCAUUGACUGAAAUCGACCACUUGGUGUCCAACACUAUCAUCACUGAUGACGUGAAGGACUGUGCAGAUGAGGCAGGGAAGUACCAGGGUCACGUGACACGGACCGACGGCCGAGUUGAAAAAUCACCAGCUGAUAUACAUAGAGAGUUAAGUAAGCACCCUUGUUUCAUCAGCAUGGGCACUGGAUCUGGCAGGGAUGACCGCAGCAUUUCAGAGACCAAGCAGUACUUGAAGGAUACUGGCUUCAUCGACGAGAACACGGUCAUCACAGAGAUCACUGAAUAUGAACGAGUCCCUGUGACCAGGCUGGCCAUUCGUGACAGCAAACGACUGAAGUUUAAAGAUCAGAGCUCAUCUAUAGUGAAGUUCAUCAUCGACUGUGAAUAUAAUCAGACGGCCCCGAGUUUCACUAACAUGGUCAUACGUAAUCUCCGCAAUCUCCUUGGCGAUUGGAGCAUCCACGCCGACAUAGUGCACGGCGAGAGCGGAGGCACAGCAGUGUUUGUACAGAUGUCUGCCAAGGCUCAUACCAGGCUCUGGGAGUUCUGUAAGGAUCGAUCUAGCCUGCUCGCUGGUCUGCACAUUCUCGAAGUGUCAACUGUGGACGGAGCAGUAGCCUUCAUUAUCCGUCCCACGACAUGCAGUGGCGAAGGUAUUACUCCUGAUGACCAGAAGCGCUUGGUUGAAGAGUUCUCCAAGAGAUUUCCAUCCUUGGACCGAGAUGAGCUGUCUGUCGCUGUGGCUGACCAACAGAACGUUCAGCAUGCAGUGAUUGCACUGACCAAGCUCGUCUUCGAUGAUGAUGGAGCAUGCUUGAAUGCACUGCCUGAGAUUCUUGGUGGUUCAGCUUAUGCUCCAAAUACUCGUGGCAUGCGUAAAGUCAUCGAUGAGGCUACUCUUAGCAGCACAAUGACACGCGUACGCCGGAUUCGCGUCGGCCUCAUCGGCCAGUUUGGUAGUGGCAAGACAAGCCUGGCUGGCUCGCUAAGGGGUGAAGAAUUUCGUCCAGACAAAUCCAGCACUCCAUUCCUUGAAGUGCAUCAACAUGGCCUGCGGCUGCGUGAUGGCAAACUUCAAGAAUGGGAAUUCUCGACUGCUCAUCUGGAAGGAUCUCGGUUCAUACGCGAUGCGGAGACACGCACAACUGAUCGUAAACGAUGGCAGGAUGAGAAUAGAAGAAAAAGUGAGGAGCGGAAGUCUGAGCUAGAAGCCAAAGCCAAUGUUUCUCAUGAUGGUCGUCCACCUCAUAAAUCUGGAAAGCAGCAUCAACCAGAACAUACACAGCUUGCCACUUCUAAACCAGAAUUCGGGCAGGGAAAGGAAAAGAAAGGUGAAGAAUCCAAGAGUACCAUCUCUAGGAGUCAUGGACAAGAAAUGCCAGGAGACAAAAUUCUGGAUGAUGGAUCAAAUGAUACCGCCCAAAAGAGUGUUGCACCAGCAAAGUCAACAGUCAAUAAACCGGAUGAUCCUGAGCUAAUCAGCGCGGGUGAACUCACUCAAGGUGUGAUUAACGAAAUCAUUGCCAACAGAGAGCUGAUGCGGAAUGUGCGAGAUGAAGAGGUGAUCAUGUCCAUGUGGGACUGUGGUGGUCAGUCAAUCUUCUCCAGUCUGCAGCACUUCAUGUUGAGUGAGAGCUUUGUCAUCUAUCUUCUUUGCUUCGACUCUGUUGAAUCCCUGCACUUGAUCAAGCCACAAGCCUUCAGACCUGGAGAAGCUGCUGCCCCUGAGGUUAUCGAUGUGGCAAAAGAACUGGAGAACAUCGACCACAUCCGCCACUGGUUGACAGCAGUUCACUUCGCAAGCACAGCUGACAUCGCAGCAGUCCAGCAAGACCACGUCUCCUAUCCGCCAAUCAUCAUGGUUGGAAACUUUGCUGACAAACUUGACCCAGAUCUGAGCUUGCAGCAACACAAAGACAUGAUCUGGAGCAAUUUGUGCAAGCUUUGCUGCAGAUCACCAGUAUUUGCAGCCAUGCAGUCUAACUCCGACGGUAUAUCAACGUGCGAUGCCAACUCCUUAUUCCUGGUCAACAACCGGGAGCCGAAUGCAUCACCUGAAGUCCAUCAAAUCCACACGAAAAUCCAGGAAGCCACGUCGAUUGUCCUAAAAGGGAAGGAGAUGCCAAAGUCAUGGGUUCGCUUCGAGUGGAUUCUACAGCAUCUCAACCAGGUGUACAAGGAGAAAGGAUACACUAGUCAUGAAUGGAUGAAGACGAUGGUAGCAGAGGCAUGCAAAAUCCAAGACGAACGCGAGCUGGAGGAGCUUCUACUGUUCUACCACAGCAUGCGUGUCAUCAUCUACAAACCGACCAAGAAUCCGCCUCAGCCAGAUGACCUCAUCUUCUACAACGUGCAGUGGCUUAUCAAGCAGAUCAACCGAUUCAUGUUUGGUAAGAAGUACCUGAAGCAUGAACUUGGCAAAAAAGCGGGUAGCUUCUAUGCAAGCUCCAUGGAAGAAGCGGAGGCGAUAGAUCUUCACAACAACCUCUGGCAGAAAGGCACAGCAAGCAUGCGUCUAGUGAACAUCACUCUGGCCUCCAUCCCACCCGAUAUCCGUACUAAGGUAAUAGACGUGAUGGCUGACUGGGAUCUGCUCUAUGAACUUGAAAGCAACUCCGAGCGCUAUCUCGUGCCAUCAGCCCUGCACAAGCAGAACCCGCAGAAAAUCGAAGCUGCACUGGACAGUUUCAGCAUGGAAGAAGCGAAGAUCGAUAGCAUUCAUUUCUCUACAGCUGAUACACCAUUGCUCAUUGCUGUGGAACCACUGAAGGCCCUACAUGAGGACAGCAUGCUCCAUGCGCCAGCCACGCCGAUGCCACAUAGCUCCUACUUCAAGCUACUAGUGCGUCUCUUCAAGAAAUGGGACAUCAGAAGCAUCAGCACCAGCCACUGUGAGCUCACGUACAACACCGCCAGGCUAAGGCUGCCUAAUGAAUACCUCGACUUGGAUGAGUUCAAGGAUGGCCACGUGGAGAUCUUCAUGGCUCACUACGACUCAUCAGGUGCAUUGCUGGUGAGCCUGAACUUCCAGCAUCCUCUCUGCACAUUCCAACCCGGUCAUAUCAGCACGGCAGACAAGAGGCUUUGCUCGAUAUCAUCCAUCUGCCAACAAGUCUGCAAGGACAUAGUUGCGGAGUUGAAAGAGCUUCCGUUCGUCACGACAUUCUCUGUGCCACUCGCCAAUGACAAUGUCUGUGGAUGCCAACGUGAUGAAUGGUCUGACCACACUACAAGAUGCCGCGAUCUUGGAUAUGCACCGUGGCGCGUGCGUUUUGCUGAGCAGUCUACCGACGUUGCAGCCAGCAGUCACGUCAUGGAAGCUGCUUACCCGGACGGCAAUCCCUGCAUUAAAUGCAAGCAAGAUAUCCAAGUUCCCAACAACUCGCAUUGCUGGUUCAAUGACACGGAGUUCAAGGUAAGAAGUUGAUAGAUGUCUCCUGUUUUCCUGAGUGUGCAAUGAAUGUUUGUACCCAUGGUGGUUUCAAGCACGCUUGAUCUUCAAGGAAGCUACACUAAUCCGACCCCAAGUGCAGAUGUUGGCAUCAUUUUGCAACUUUACCUGGAGGUCAUAGGUCUGGAAGUAGUACAAGAGCUCCUGGGUGCUAAGAAUCUUUAGCCUGCA